AUGGCUUCCCUCUGAAAAUUCCUCCUCCUGGCUCCUGAAAGUGCAGGGAUGAAUUGCGCUUCAAGCUCUGCCUUGUGCUCCAAGCCCCUUAAGGAAGAGAAGGAUUCUGCAAGGGACCUCCCACCAGACCCAAUUAACGGGAGCCACAAACCAUGAACUGGGGUGUCUUCGAAGGGCUCCUGAGUGGGGUGAACAAGUACUCCACGGCCUUCGGGCGCAUCUGGCUCUCCCUGGUCUUCAUCUUCCGGGUGCUGGUCUACGUGGUGGCAGCUGAGCGAGUGUGGAGCGAUGACCACAAGGACUUCGACUGCAACACACGCCAGCCUGGCUGCUCCAAUGUUUGCUUUGACCACUUCUUCCCCGUCUCCCACAUCCGCCUCUGGGCCCUGCAGCUCAUCCUGGUCACCUGCCCCUCCCUACUGGUGGUCAUGCAUGUGGCCUACCGAGAAGCCAGGGAGCAGAAGCACCAGGAGGUAGCGGGCGAGAACUGCCGCCGGCUCUACCCCAACCCCGGCAAGAAGCGGGGAGGACUGUGGUGGACCUACCUGCUCAGCCUCAUCUUUAAGGCUGCCGUGGACGUGGUUUUCCUCUACAUCUUCCACCGGUUCUACAAGAACUACACCCUCCCCAGCGUGGUGAAGUGCGAGAUCCCCCCGUGCCCCAACAUCGUGGACUGCUUCAUCUCCCGGCCCACGGAGAAGAACAUCUUCACCCUCUUCAUGGUGGUCACGGCCUGCUUCUGCAUCCUGCUGAGCGUGGUGGAGGCCUGCUACCUGGUGGGGAAACGGUGCCGAGAGUCCCUGUUAUCCAGAAGUGAGAGCAGCCGGAGGGAAACUAGGCAGUUCAGGAGUGUCGUUCAUAACAAGGACUGUUCCCUCUCCUACGGCGAGCAGGACAGCCUUGAGCCGGGAGAGCAGGUUUUCCACGCGGCGGAUUGCAAGCUAGUCAGAGCUGCAAACAUAGCCAGCUCCCAGAUAGGAGAAGAUGUUAUCUCCUAAGCGGAGGGAAAGACCCAGGGAGGCUGUCUCCGUGCAGAACGGCCCUCGUUCGAGACAGCCUUCCUUGCUGGCUGUGCCUUUAGACAUCACGAGCCAAGAUCAUGCUCUGCUCCCAUCACAUGCCCGGGUGUUAACGAGAUUGGGUGCUCCCCCUGCAUUGCAUUGGUCUGGUGGAAAUAAGUGGACUCAGGCACUUUAGAGAAGAAUGGCCUCUCUAGUCAAAGGGAAGCUCUAUAGGAACCACAGGCUGGAGAGAAGCAGGGGGAAGGAGAAUGUUCAGAGGAUGUUGUGAAGGCCAAGACUAUAACAGGGUUCAAAAAAGAACUAGAUGAUAGGGCCAUCAAUGGCUAUU